UGAACGUUAUUUGUUGUGGUCAAGAGCAUUGACUUGCCAUCUUUGGUGAAUUCGAUAUCAGAAACCCCUGCUCUAUCUCCACCUACUAAGAAGGUGUCAAAGGGGCCCUGUCAUAAGAACGUGAAUCAAACAAUUUCAUAGCACCGCCUGCCAUUGCCACUGCAUAUACCAAGCCUUGUUGAUCAUAUGCAAUUGUGGGUCUUACCACAUAGGUGUAAAAUUCUCUGACUGCCGUGUAUGUUUUAAAGUAUGAACAUGAAUUGCAAAUGCCAAUCAAAAUACAAGCCAGUAUUUCUGAACAUUGAUCGACAAAAUAUGAUUACAUAUAUACUUGCAGCCUCAAUCCACAAUUUUUACAAACGGAAUCUUACAUUUAACUUUCAGGCUAAUAAACUCGAGACUAGUAACCCUAAUUACUUUGCUUCUUCAACACUGUAAAAAGGGGAGGAAAGCAGUCUCCAGUAAAACACCAAAGGGGAAGGAAACCAGUCUCCAGUACUGAAUCGACCGAUUCCUCUAUUUGUCGGUAAAACACUGAAGAAUCUCAUCUGCUGACGCCGUAUGACAGAUAUUUUAGUUGCGAUUUAAAUGUGAUUGGUUUGGCUUUUUGAAAUUAAUUUCGAAUAAAAUCUAAAAGUAUUAUUUAUAUAUAUAAAAUAUGUUGGCAUUUUUUGCUUCUUAUAACGGAAAUUGCAACUUCAAUACUAAAGGGGCAUGAGUUGACGCACUAGCACCAGAAAGAUUUGACUAGCAAUGGACCCUUACACUCCUCUACUGGAGAGAACACGGGUUCCCCAACCCUCGCUGCAGAAAUUCGCGGUAAUUUCAAUCUUCUCAAAGCUCCGAUCCGCUCCGACCCAUCUUGGCCCCGAUUCCGGACCCGGUAGAGACGCAAUUUUACAGUGCCUUCACUCCUCGUCUCCCGCCGUCGUCGACCAAUCCGUCCGAGAAUUUUGCCGGCUUGUUGCCGACUCUAUAAUAGACCUGUCUUUCGGGUUGGUGGAGCUCCAGUCAGCUCUCGAAGGAUCAGACCCGAAGUUUGUACCUCUGUUUGUUAAAGGUUUGGGAUUUGUAGUUCGGGUUGGGUUUGUGAGGUGCAAUGGCUCCUGGAAGUUUGGCUCCAUUGAGAAUCAUCCGUUUGUUAAGGUUCUAUCCAGUGGAAUUGAGGUUCAUUCCGAGCUUGUGCAGCAAGUUUUGUUAUUUAUGACACAGACUAAACAAUUGGGAAUGGUUCAAGUUUGUGAAUUCUUGAAACCCUUUUUCAAUUUUUCGAUUUUACGAAUACCCUUUUCGGAUUCUUUGUCGGCUUUGUUUGCAAGGCAGUUAGUAACAUCAGUAUCAUCAAUUUGUUGUUCAUUUCCGAGUGAUGCAAUGCCAUUAUUCAAGCUAUUAAUAGGUUGCCUUAAAUAUUUUCCUCACAGGAAUUCAGAAGGACAUAAGAGUUUCAUUUAUGUUGUGGAAUGUAUUGUGGAUGCAUAUAUAGUGGUUUUGAGACACUUGGUUGCACAGGGUUCGCUAGUUUCUGAGGCUCAAAUGUGUGGCGUGGAAUUAUUAGAAACUGUAUUUUCUCUCUGUAUGUCUCCUUUCAAGCACUCUGGUGGCAUUGAGCCCAUAGUGGAAAUAUUGAAGCAUGCAUUGGUUGCCCAACAUGAUCUUUCAUUGCAAUACAAACCUGAAAUAUCGUCGGUAAUACUUUGUCUGUUUUCUAUCCUCAUUGAAUCAGAGCUCGAGCAUGAACACCUGUGUAUAUUGAAAUUUCUAUCAUUCCUUUUAAACUGGAAGAGUGAAAAUGCUAGUGGAGCUACAUGUUAUCUGAGUGAAGAGCUUUUAUUUAUAUUUCCUAUCAUAAACCUGAUGUCAUCACCUUCUAAGUCAGUUAAAGGGGCUGCAACUGACUUGCUUGUCAUGUUAGAAAAGCCUUUAGUUAAAUUGUUGGCAGUGACAAAGAUUGAAGUGGCCACAAAAAGGGGAUAUUUCCCUAUCAGUAGACCUGAAUCUAUUGUUUUUAGGCUAUUGAGAAAACUGUGGUUUGAGGAUCACAAUUCACAGUCUGGUUCUUUCUUUCUGAGUUUUGCUUGUAUUGGGGGGUCUGGCAUCAAUCAGAUGGACAAUGAGCUGAGACCUUGGACUUCUCAACUAAAAGAAUACUUGGGAUGUAUUUUUAACUGGAAAAAAAACUCCCGAACUACUUCUGGAUCACAAGAGGCUUUUUCAUCUGAAAUGUCCUUGUUACUCUGUGCAACUGCCAGUGUUUUGGUGAUGCAUCCAUCAUUAGGGAAUUCUGCUGUAGAUGCUUUUGCUGCAAUUGGCUUAUUGGAUUCUAAAUUGGGAGUUUCAUUGUUGCUAUCCAUCUUAUUUUACUGUAAUAUAUUUACCAGAAAAGAUGUUAUGUACCAGAAUAUGUUGCCAAAGCUUUUGGGACUGCUUCCAUCACUUGCUUCACAUUCUGCAAUGAUUCCACUUGUAGUUCAAACCAUUUUGCCAAUGCUGCACAAGGAUGCAAACUUAGUGUUGUAUGCUACGGCCACUCGCUUGCUUUGUCAGACUUGGGAGAACAAUGACCGUACCUUUGGGAGUUUGCAAGGAGUAUUAAACCCGAAAGGUUUCACAGAAUUCAUGUCUGAGAGAAACAUCUGUUUAAGUAUGGCUGCUUCCGUUCGGGAUGUUUGCAGAAAACACCCUGAUAGGGGAGUGGAUCUUGUCUUGUCUGUUUCGGCUUGCAUUGAGAGCCGAGAUCCUAUAAUUCAAGCUCUUGGUUUUCAAAGCCUUGCCCAUCUUUGUGAAGCUGAUGUAAUUGAUUUUUAUACUGCUUGGGAUGUCAUUGCAAAGCAUGUGCUAGACUACUCCUUGCUGCCAAAUCUUGCCCAUAGCUUAUGCCUUCUUCUAAGAUGGGGAGCAAUGGAUGCUGAAGCAUAUCCGGAGACUUCAAGGACUGUUCUUAAAAUUUUAUGGUGUGCUGGUACCACGGUGCGCCCAGCACAUGAUGCUCAAUGGGCAAAGGCUAGAGCCUCCGCCUUUGAGGCCUUAACCCAAUAUGAUGUAUCAUUUAUUGGUAAAAAUAUUUCAGAUUUCAAGCAAAAAAGUUUGGAGCUUCUUUUUUCUGAGACAAAUCAAGAUGUACUUCAGGCUGUGGAGGGAUUUCAAGUCAAGAUUAUAACACAUGAGCAUAUCACUCGGCGAAGAUUUGUAAAAGAGAAAAAAAUACCCGGAAGUAAGAUUGAGAAAUUGCUGGAAGUUUUUCCUCAGGUUAUUUUCUCUUCAGGAAAAAGUAAUGCUGGAGAGUUACCUGGGGCAGCCCUGUUAUGCAUUGCCUUCUCGCCUAAAGAUUUGAACAAGCAAGGAGCAUCAAGAGGAUUACAGGAUGUACAUGCUGAGUAUGAGAAUGCACUGGUGGAUAUAGCACCAUCCCUUCAGCUUUCGAGAAAUAUUUUUGUUGCCCUUCUUUCAUUGCAAUCAUGGAAAUCCUUCAUUCGACGUUGGAUUAGGGCUAAUGUUCUGUCCCUUAAUGCAAAAGUGACAACCAUUGUGUUGGAUAAAACUUCUAAAGCUGCCAAUAAUAUUCUGAAGAGUAUGAUACGAAUUACUGAAGAUUCUGUCCCUAGUUCUGCUGAAAAUAUAGCACUGGCAAUUGGUGCCCUUGGUGCGGUACUGCCUCCAUCUGCCCACACUAUUAAGUCAACAGCUUCAAAGUUUUUAUUAGGUUGGUUGUUUCAGCAUGAACAUGAGCACCGCCAAUGGUCAGCUGCAAUUUCUCUUGGAUUGAUAUCAAGGUCCCUACAUGUAACUGAUCAUAAGCAGAAAUUUCAGAAUAUCAAUGGUCUUCUUGAGGUUUUGUGUGGCAGUAGAAGCAUCCUUGUCAGAGGGGCCUGUGGGGUUGGCUUGGGAUUUUCAUGCCAAGAUUUACUCACCCGGGGUGAAUUCGCUGAUGAUUCUAACUUGGACAGAGAAACCUAUAAGACGCAGGAAAUGGAAUUACUUGGAAGAAUAGUGAAAGUGUUAUCUAUGAGGAUAUGUCAACUUGCUCCCUCUUCAUCUGGUAUUCUUGAAAAUCUCUCUGAUCAUUUUCCUGUGGGCUCUUAUGAUGUUGAUAUUGAUAUAAGUUUUAAACUUCCACAUGAGAAUUUUAUUGACUUGGAGGAUGAUAUUUGGGGUGUUGCUGGACUCGUCCUUGGUUUGGCAAGCUCUAUUGGUGUAGUAUACAGGACUGGGGCAUACGAUGCAGUUCUCAAGAUAAAAGACCUAAUCAUAUCCUGGAUUCCUAAUGUGAAUUCUCUGGUUCAAGAUUCUGGUUCUUAUUAUGAAAGGUCUGAGAUAGUUUUAUCAGUAGGAUCCUGCCUGGCACUUCCUGUUGUAGUGGCGUUCUGCCGAAAAGUUGAAUUGAUGGAUGAUACAGAGCUGGACCAUCUUGUUAUUGGCUAUAGGGAACUUAUUUCUGAGUUAUUAUUAGUUAAUAAAUCUGGCAACCUCUAUAAGAGCCUUUUGUUGGCAUCAUGUGUUGGGGCAGGGAGCCUUCUUGCAUGCAUUUUGAGUGAAGGGGUGCAAUCUAUUAAAGUUGAUCAUGUAAAGUGUUUACUGCAAUUGUUCAAAAAAUGUUACUCUAGUCCUUACCCUCCUAUCAUCAAUUUGGGUGGCGUGCUUGGAGUUGUUAAUGCUUUGGGAGCAGAUGCUGGAUUUUUUGUCAAUGUUCAUCCAUCAACCUCCUCUAUUCAUGCUGGUUAUGCACAGAAGGAACAUUCUUAUAUUUUGGGUCCCAUACUUUCGAAUCCCCUUUUUGAGCAACAUGUGACGCCAUUGAUGCAAGAAAUAUUUCUGAUGGCACAAAAUUCUAAUGACCAUCAACUUCAACAGUAUGCUGCAUGGGCUAUGUCAUUUCUGCGACAUCAUAUAUGGUCCAAAGAACUAUUAAAUAUUGAUAGCAAUAUCCAGACUGAUGCAUCUGGUUCAAAAAUUGCUCCUCACAGUUUUCCUGAGGACAGCAUAGUCAUGAAACUCAGUUCGUGGCUAAAUUGUAGAAAUUUUUCUGUGACGGAUACUACUGCUCAUGUUGAAACAGUAUCAACUGUUUUGAGGUGCCUUUUGCGAGCACCCAGAUUGCCAACCUUGGACUGGGGAGUGAUCAUCAGGCGUUGCAUGAGAUAUGAGGCCAAAGUUGCCAAUUCAUUGCCUCCAGGUGCAGCUUGUAAGAGAGGAACCCUUAGGGAGGAAUGUGUACAGUUCUCAUUAGUUCAUGCAAAACAAUUUGAUCCCCUCCUGACUUUCCUUGAUGAGCUGUCUGAUAUUUCCAGGUUUGGAAAGCUUGAGCUGAACUUGCAGGCAUAUCUGCUCUUCCAUCUGGGUGACCUGAUAAAAUUAUUCUCAGAUUCAAGGCUUGAGAAACUAUUUGAUGAUAUAGCUGAUUACUUCUCUUCAUUUACUUCGUUUGAAGUAUAUAAUCCUGAUCAGAAAAGCUUUCUGCGCAUCUCUUGCUGGAAAGGUCUGUAUCAGUGUCUGGAAGAAGCUUCUCUUGAUUCUCUGGAGUACAUUCCAAACAUGGAGAAGUGCAUGGAGGUUCUUUUUACCUUGCUGCCAGCACCACAAUCUGUUUCCGUAGUUGGAGUAAAUCAGAAGGAUUUUGCACAGGAGUGGUCCAACGCAGUUAGAUGCUUAGGGACGGCUCGACGGGGAUGGUUAUUGGAUUUUCUGCAGGUUUCACAUAUGGAUCAAGCACAAGAUGAUUUCCAGUUAAGUGACGUGCUAAAAAAGAUCCAAGCAAAAGCCAAACUAGUUAGAGUUGGCUCCUUCCAGUUGACUGAGCUGGGAAAGCUAAAAGCUUACAUAUUGAACUUUGAACCACUUGGUGUCUGGCAUGUGCUUGUUGAGGUUGUUUCUGCCCUUCAACAUGCAGAUGAAAUUGUCAAAAGACAGUGGCUUGUUGAUAUUGUUGAAAUCAGCUGUGUUUCACGUUAUCCUUCUACGGCACUGCAGUUUCUUGGCCUGCUUGCUGGUAGCUGCUGCAAAUAUAUGCCUAUUCUAACUCAAGAUCACCUGACCGUGUUAAAUGAUCUACCAUUGAUUCUUUCUUCGCUUUUAUCGGAUCCCAGUUGGGAAGUUGUUGCAGAGUUGUUCGUUUCUUAUCUCUGGGUAUCAACAGAACGCAUUUAUAAUUGGGCUACAAGUUUAGCUGUCGGCAAGUCAUCACCUAGCUCACAACCCAUCCAAGAAAGCAAGAAGGAUAUGGCUGCUUUCCUGUUACAAGUGAUGCAUAGUACCUGUGUAUGUUUGAAGGAUUACUUGCCUCUAGAGAAGCAACUUAAGCUCUGCAAUAUGUUGGUCACCUGAGACAUGAACACUCUUUUUUCAAAAGAUAUAUAUUUCCAAGUUAGGCCAGCCUAAUGGAUUUUGAUUUUGAUCUUGCCACAACUAGUACAAUUUUUCCAUGUAUAUAUGUGGGAACAGAUAGUUGUUUCUUGUUUUUUCAACAAUUUUUAUAUUAGAAAGAAAAAUGUUUCAUAUAA